UCCUCCUUCGAUACAUCAGUGCAGUGCAGUAUCGUGUUCUCCUCGAGCGCGCCCGAGCGCUCUGUUCUCUUCUCUGCCGCUUCACACACGUUAACAGGUGGGACGAAAACACAGAUUUACGGGGAAAGUUAAAACAAAUACAUUGUCACCAAGGACGUUUGAGGAAUACCUGCUAAAAUGUCUCGAGCCCCGGAGGAGGUGAACAAACUCACCGAGAGCACAUAUAAGAAUGUGAUGGAGCAGUUCAACCCAGGACUGCGGAAUCUGGUUAACCUGGGAAAGAGCUAUGAGAAAUCAGUGACCGCAAUGACCUUUGCUGGAAAGGCAUAUUUCGAUGCAGUCUCAAAGAUUGGGGAAAAUGCUGCCGUAUCGCCAGUUUCUAGGGAGCUGGGCGUGGUGUUGAUGGAGAUUUCAGAAGUGCACAAGAAGGUCCAACUGGAGAUGGAGGUGUCUUUCAUGAAGUUCCACAAAGAGCUCAUUGCUGAACUUGAAAAGAAAACUGAUAUGGAUAUCAAGUACAUGAAUGCCACAUUCAAAAGAUACCAGUCAGAACACAAAUUUAAGCAAGACUUCUUGGACAAAUCACAGGCUGACCUGAAGAAACUGCGCCGGAAAAGUCAAGGGAAGCAUUUGUCCAAGUAUGAGAUCAAAGAAAAUGAGUGUAUGGAGACCAUCUCAUCCCGGCAGACAGACAUGCAGAGCUUUAUUGCUGAAGGAUGUAAGGAGGCUCUGAUGGAAGAGAAAAGGAGGUUCUGUUUCUUAGUGGACAAACACUGUGUCUUCUCCUAUCAGCUAGCAGCCUUCCAUGACAAGGCCAAGGAGAUACUGACCGUCAAACUGCCCAGCUGGCAAGAUAAGUGUACCGAUGUCACCGGGGUACCAGACACCGUGAUAUCCAUGAUUGAGGGUCUGCGGACUUCAAUGUCAGUCAUACCCGAGUCCUCGCCUGCAUUGGAACGCCGUGAGAGGACCAAUUCCAGUUCGAUUGUUCCACCCCCAGCCCCUUCACUCAAAGCGCACACAAGCCCACUGGCCAGCAUGUUCUCCCAGGACAUUCCCAAAUGCCCCAUCUCAUCAGAGCAGUACUCAGAUCUAGACAGUCUAGAUGGAAACAGCCUUUCUAGGUCUACGUCUGUGUCUAGCGGUAUGGAUGUGGCCAAGAAGAACAGGGUGCAAACUAUCUUCCCCCACACAGCGGGAAAUAACGAGACCCUGCUUAGCUUUGAUGAUGGAGACAUUAUCACGCUGCUUAUCCAAGAGGAGCGAGAUGGAUGGCUAUAUGGAGAACUAGAACAUACUGGACAGCGGGGCUGGUUUCCCUCAUCUUAUUGCCGGACGUACAACGAGCCGGUAAUCACAAACAGCAGAGUCGAGAGUGUGACUGAUCUUCCAGAGCAGCCGGAGGAAGACGAGGAGGUGGAGGAACCCGUGCUGCUGCCCCCGCCUGACUACAGUGACUCAUCUAGGGACAGACCCAUCAAGCACUCCACCCCCUCUCCACAGAACACGGUGUCUAUGCCAAAUGGUCACUCAGUGCCUCCGUUCCUUGGGGGUGGGAAUCCAUUUUCCACGGUCAAACUACGACCCACCAUCACAAAUGACAGAUCUGCACCAAAUAUAUGAUAAUAGUUCAUUCAGCCCCUGCCCCGAUGUGAAGUGUCUAUAUUGAUGCAUUGCAGAUAUGGCAGAAGAACCAAAUUAAAGGAUUCUGUUACAGCAUCAAGUUUAAUCCUUACAUUUUCUAAAAAUACAAACCAGCAUAUUUACAGGAGGCAUUAUUUAUAAGAAUUUUAGACUUUGAUUAAAUUAUUAUUUUAAAUUGUAUCUGGAUUCAUACACUUGUGUUUCCAAGAAAAUGCACAGCACCAAACAGACUCUUAAAUAUAUAUUUUCUGACCAUAUUGGUCCUAUGUCUGGGGACUUGCGAAGGUAAACCGAAAUCCCAAAUGUAUAUUUUAAGUAUUGGAGCCCCAAAUUAGAAACACCACACAUGCCCAAAUCAUAUUUCAUUUCAAAAUCCAGUGAAGUAGUGUUAGAUUUGCCAGUUGCCAAAUUGUUCUGGUUGGAAUUGAUUAAUUUUAGCCUGUUUUUGUUAUACAAUAUCAUGAUUUCCUUGUUUUAAAAUGCUGAUAUGUUCCUUAUCCUUCACACCUUUUCCACGUUUAAAAGAGAGAAAUGUAAAGACACUUAGUUAAAUAGUUUAUUCCUCAUGUUAAAGAUGAGUGCAAUGUGUGGUGAUAACAUUCCUACUAGCUGCACAGCUGAUUGUUGGCUUACAGGCUUUAUCUGGACAUCAUCUCAAACUUGAGCAUUUUUCACCAUGGAAUAGAAAUGCUUUGGUCCUAACUAAAUAAAUACAGAUUUUUUUUU